UUACAACAACUUUAAGAAGGAGUUUGAGGUUUCGACAAAAAAAAAAGGAGUUUGAGGGAGGAACUCUACUUAGAGAUUUGAUCAUGCAAGCAUUCAAGGCCACGGCAAACAGCGACGGAUAAACAUCCCUCUCAAUUUUAACAAACGAAGAAAACACGUGAACAAAAUCAUUGUUCACUCCACCUUCUUUCUGUCACCCUUCACCUUCAAACUGCAACCAACCUGCUUCACUGAAUCAGUGAGUACAACGAGAAUCGCGCAAGGCCAAUGGCUCAAAACAAGAAUCAGAACCAAACACAAGCUUCCUUACCCGAUUCUCCCUUCACUGAACCCAUCCGUUGUAUAGUAAAACUGGGAGGAGCUGCAAUUACUUGCAAAAAUGAACUUGAGAUGAUAAAUGAGGAGAUUCUUCAGAAGGUUUCAGAACAGCUGAGGCAGGUUAUGGUUGCAUCUCCUGAGAAGCCUCCUGGGAUGGAUUGGAGUAAGAGGCCUGGAGAUUCAGAAAUUUUUUGUAACCCAGAAGAAUUUGGAGAUCAUUCUGACUUGGAAUGUAGUCGUUUCAUUGUUGUUCAUGGAGCAGGUUCUUUUGGGCAUUUUCAAGCUAGCAAAUCUGGUGUCCACAAGGGACAACUGAAUAAACCUCUUGUUAAGGGUGGCUUUGUUGCUACUCGAAUAUCUGUGAACACUCUCAAUCUUGAAAUUGUUAGAGCACUAGCCAGAGAGGGCAUUCCUUCGGUUGGAAUGUCACCUUUCUCAUGUGGAUGGAUCACAAGUGAGAGACAUGUAUCUUCAGCUGAUUUGUCUUCGGUGGCUAAGACAAUUGAUUCUGGUUUUACACCUGUUCUGCACGGAGAUGCAGUGCUUGAUGAGAUUCAGGGAUGCACUAUUUUGAGUGGAGAUGUUAUCAUAAGUCAUCUGGCAGCAUACUCAAAGCCUAAAUAUGUUGUUUUCCUGACAGAUGUAUAUGGUGUAUAUGAUCGCCCACCUACAGAACCUGAUGCGAUACUCCUAAAGGAGAUUGCUGUUGCUGAAGAUGGAAGCUGGUCAGUUGUAAAACCGAAGUUACAGAACUCAAUUGAGCUAACUGUUGCAGCCCAUGAUACAACUGGUGGGAUGAAAACAAAAAUCUCAGAAGCUGCAAUGAUAGCAAAGCUUGGAAUUGAUGUCUACAUUGUGAAAGCAGCUACAAGCCACUCAUUGAGGGCCUUAAAUGGAGAUCUAAGAGGCGGCAUCCCUGAUGACUGGCUCGGGACAGUGGUCCGAUCUUCAAGAUAACCGUAGUAGAAUCUUUUGAAAAGCUGCCAAUCAUCAAAGGGAAGAAAUUUUUGGGCUCCUCAUCAGUGUGAGAGUUAGUAUUACAAACAGUUAUAGUUGUGUAUUCAAGAAACAGCUCACAAAUCAUUUGUGUCUUACUGCAGUGAGGUUCUGCAUACAAUAAAGGUCGAUAGCCAAAAGGAUUACUGAUGACCAGUUGACAAUUUUCAUUUUAUCCAUGUUACAUACUCAUCAGUCAUGCUCUGACUUGAUGUACAAUUUGUUCUGUAAACUUCUCUCAAGCUUAUGUUUAAUAGCCAAGUUAUGUUUGGCAACCUUGAUAUUUCCAGUACUUAUUAGAGUGACCCACAGAAGUUGCAAAGAUGUUUUAUAAUAUUUCAUUGGAGCUACUUUUA